UCCACACACGCACGUUUCACUCUUUUGCUCAUCUCACAAAGUGAUGUUGCAUCAUUAAUCUGGGUGAUUUCUUCUCCCACAAAUUUUACGAUUUUGAGUCCCUUCACUCCUCCCAUUCAAGCUUCAAAGCCGUGUGUUUGGAGUUAUGCUGGUUCAGCUUGCAGAGCAUAAUAGGACUACCCCAUGUCUGAGAUUGAUGCUUGUGUCUGUUUAUCUUGGAGUAUAGCGUAGCGUUCUGAGUUGAGCUAAGUGGCUAAGGGGUUUGCUUGCAUUACUCUCUUUAGUUUCCCUACAAGUUGAUCAAUCUAGGGUUCAAGGGAUUUUUUGAGGGGAUUUUGAUCUGCUUCAUUUGAUCUGCUACCCCUUUUUGUCACUUCAAAUUUCUGGGAUUUUUUAUUUUUAUUUUGAGGGGUUUCGAGUGUUUUUUUUGGUUUUGUUUUGGAAGUGGUCAUAUGGGUUUGGGCCUGUCAUAGGCGAUUUGCUGGUUGUGGUGGUUGAAAUUGGGCAUUGGUGGCGGGUGGAUGUUGUUUGUUUUGAUUUGAUGAUAUAUAGUUUGAUUCUUUAGGGCUUUGCUAGAUAUGGGGCUGGGUGCCGAGAAUGGCAAGGUGAAGGUGGUGGUGCAGUCUUUGAAUACGUGUAAAUCAAAGGGGAGGAGAAUGAAGAAGGAGCAAGAAGAAGAGGAAGAGACUACUGGUUGCUGGCUUAGUCUGAGGUUCAUCGGGAGCUGCAUUUCUUCAAGAUCCAAGGUUGACACCUCAGUUAGCGGCACAAGCACCAAUUAUGCUGAAAGUAAAUUAACUAAUGAUACAAGUAGAGACCAGCCAACAGUUCCAGUAUUAUCUUCAACAACCACUAGUAAUGCUGAAAGCAGUUCAUCCACUUCUAAACUUGAAGAGGAGCUCAAAGUUGCAUCCAGACUGCGGAAAUUCUCCUUCAAUGAUCUUAAGUUGGCAACAAGAAAUUUUCGGCCUGAAAGUCUUCUUGGUGAAGGUGGGUUUGGAUGUGUGUUCAAGGGGUGGAUUGAAGAAAAUGGAACUGCUCCGGUGAAACCUGGUACAGGGCUUACUGUUGCUGUGAAAACCCUCAACCAUGAUGGGCUCCAGGGUCAUAAAGAGUGGCUGGCCGAAGUAAAUUUUCUUGGUGACCUAGUUCAUCCAAACCUUGUUAAACUUAUAGGUUACUGCAUUGAAGAUGAUCAAAGGCUUUUAGUAUAUGAAUUUAUGCCUCGGGGUAGCCUUGAAAACCACUUGUUUAGGAGAUCCAUGCCUCUUCCGUGGUCCAUUAGGAUGAAAAUUGCCCUAGGAGCUGCAAAGGGUCUUGCUUUUCUUCAUGAGGAUGCUGAACGUCCUGUAAUAUAUAGGGAUUUCAAAACUUCCAAUAUUCUAUUGGAUGCUGAUUACAAUGCCAAGCUCUCAGACUUUGGACUUGCAAAAGAUGGUCCAGAGGGUGAUAAAACCCAUGUGUCUACUCGAGUGAUGGGAACUUAUGGUUAUGCAGCACCUGAAUAUGUCAUGACAGGACAUCUUACAUCAAGAAGUGACGUGUAUAGUUUUGGAGUGGUGCUUCUGGAGAUGUUGACUGGCAGAAGAUCCAUGGACAAAAACCGACCCAAUGGGGAACAUAACCUUGUGGAAUGGGCUAGACCACAUCUAGGAGAGAGAAGAAGGUUCUACUGGUUGAUAGAUCCUCGAUUAGAAGGUCACUUUUCCAUAAAAGGAGCUCAGAAAGCUGCACAUUUGGCUGCUCAUUGCCUAAGCAGAGAUCCGAAAGCCAGACCGCUUAUGAGUGAAGUUGUAGAAGCCUUAAAGCCUCUGCCAAACCUUAAGGACAUGGCUAGUUCAUCCUAUUAUUUCCAGACAAUGCAAUCUGAUCGCUUUAGUGCAAGCCCUAAUAGUCGAAAUGGGCGAACGCAAGGAUCAUUGCUCACCAGGAAUGGACACAGGAGCCUUUCAAUAUCACAUGGUACUCAUGCUUCUCCUUAUCACCAUCAGUAUCCCCAACAAUCACCAAAACCCAAUGGCAAAGCACAGAGUUGAUAAAUCCCCAUUUUGUUUGUCACCCUUCUUUUUCAUCAUUUCUUAUUUUUUAAGUAUAGGCGAAACUUCCGUCAAGCCAUUAGUUCAUGGACAACUUGAGAGCAAAGGUAGCAUGCUGCUUUAUGAUGUAUGUUAUGAGUGUUGAUACCUUAGCAGGGAAGAAUGUAAGGGCAGGUGAAGCUUUUUGAGCAAACAUGUGUUAGUUGAAACUAUCAACGAAUGUGUUUCUUCUGGUUGUCUAUAAAUAUUCAAGAUCAUUGACUCAGUAUUAUUUUACUUUCA